AUGCGCGUUGCCCUCUUUUCCCUCGUUGCGGCGGCGGCAGCCAGCCCGAUAGUCAACAACCAGACUCUACUCGAGUCUAGAUCUGUUGACAACAACUUCAUGAACGCUUUCAAGUUCUACGCUCAGCAUGCCGCUGCCGCUUACUGCAACGCCGAGGGCCGUUCGCCCGGUAAUGCUAUUAGCUGCGCCGGCGGCGAGUGUAACGAUGUGAUGCGCAACGGUGCUACCAUCAUCAACACCUUCCAGGGCGCCAACACCGGUAUUGCCGGAUACGUGUCCGUCGACAGAACCCGCCAAGAAAUCGUCUUUGCAGCACGCGGCAGCAACAACCUCCGCAACUUCAUCACCAAUCUCAUCUUCACACAACGCGAUUGUGAUUUUGCCUCGGGUUGCAAGGUUCACGACGGCUUCGCCGCCUCGUGGGACGAGAUCUCAGUUGCCGCCACGGCGGCCAUCCGGAGCGGUCUGCAGGCAAACCCGGGCUAUAGGCUCGUCAUCACCGGCCACUCCCUCGGCGGCGCAAUUGGCACGCUCGCCGGUGUCUACCUCCGCCGCGCCGGCUACCAGGCCGCCAUCUACACGUUUGGCGCGCCGCGCAUCGGCAACGAAGUCUUUGCCAACUUUGCCAGCCGCCAGAGAGGCGGCCUGUACCGCAUGACGCACAUUGACGACCCGGUGCCGCGCCUGCCGCCCAUGAUCUUUGGCUACCGCCACGGCGGAACCGAGUACUGGCUGUCCAACGGCCAGGCCGAGCAGAUAAACUACCAGGGCAACGACGUCAAGGUCUGCCCGGGUAUCGACAGCGUCGGCUGCAACGCGGGCACUAUCGGCUUCGACCUCCCCGCUCACCUCCAUUACCUCACCAACACCGCUGGCUGCGCGCCCCCCGCCACCAAGUGGAAGCGCGAUCCUGAGCCCUCGGACGAGGAGCUCGAGGAGCGCUUCACCAAUUGGAGCAAGCAGGACCAGAAGUUGGUCAAUAGUUGUUAUUAUUGCUAUACAGUUGAGGUUGUCUAA